UUCCCGGAAAUUGGGAGCAUGCGUAGAUAGCAUUACGAAGCUCAGCAAUUCAGGAAGAUAAAUGUAAAUGAUGCGUGAGCGUUUUUCGUGGAAAAAUUUGUUUACAAUACAACAGACUUUUGUGUACGACUGACUGCUACUCUUCGAAGCAGGUAAUUUACUUUAAUUUCUUUCAGAUUUCAACGGAAACUAACACCGACUAUCUUAAAAAUUUAAACUAUAACUUAUGGGCACUUUUAAUGACGAAUUCUGUCUCAGUGUGGACAGUGAACAAUUCUUAGAACACACGCUCUGAUUUUAUCUUCGUUGAGCCCAUCUACAAGGGCAAUUUCAUCAUUGAAUUAAAGAGAAGAAAUGAUGGACGAAGGAACAAAAAAGGUUACACUUUUUACUCCAAGUAAUGUCUGCCAUAAAUAUUUCAAAAUCAUAUAGCAUGGUAUGGUGAUUCACACAAAAGACGAUAAAUAUUGAGGGGCUCUUGAAAGUUCGGCGAAAAUGUUGUUAACCAAUCCAUUGUUACGCGGUCAUGGUUCAAGUUCCUUGUAUCAUUCAAAAUUUUUCAUGCCUAAGAACUUUAUCGGAGCGCGAGUGAACUCUGCAAUGAACCGGGGCGGAAAGGACCGUACUGGAGUGGACCCAGAACUCUUGUAAACCUAUCCAAUUUAACCCGGAAUGAGAGAAAUAUGAAAGUCAUCCGAGGAAAGAUACUUAAAAAAUUGUUUUCUAAUUAUAUACUUUUUCUUAGAAAGACCGGUAGUUUGACUGAAAUUGUAUACGUGAGUUCUUCUUGGAAUCGACCGAGAUGUUUGUUUUCACUCAAAGGCCAAUCCGCAAACAACACUCGGUUCAUGGAAUGUUAGAAAAGUUUGUAAAUACCCGCUAUUCACUUCGUCUUCAAAGCUGAGAGUAUUUUUACAACUGAGAAAAUGAUAACUCCAUAACAAGAGACUGAAAAAUCCAAAUAACCAAUGGAGUUGAGUGUAUCAUUUCGAAGCGAAAUGCAAAAUUCCGACUUUAAAUUAUUUUUGCUAUUAAUGAAUAUUAGCAUUCAGUUACGCUUUCUUAUCGCUCAUGCCGCAUGGAAGAAGGGACUUAUACUGUGAUUACUGGCAUUCCCAGAUUAGAUAUAUCGCCAGACAAAUGUGUUAUCACAAGCGGUUCUUUCAGCAUCGGACUUUUGGAAACUCUUUCUCUGAAAUAUUACACUGAAUCCACCAGUUUACAUUGGUUUCUUAGAACAUUGCGAAAUUCAACGCUUUCGGGUAAAUUUACAGAAUUGACAGAAAAACCGUGCCUAGAAACGCAAUUUUGAACUACAAGCCUAUUUUAGUGUAUGCUGAAUUUAAGACCAGCAUCUUACAAUUGUUAAAUUGAAGAUUUUAAAUAUUGCUCUGCCGAUCGUUUAUUUCAUGACCUGUCGAUACCCGGGAGAGAGGGCCAUUUAUAACUUACUAUUUUCGUACAGGAACAAAAAAAAAAAAUGACAUCGUUGUGAUCCAUAUUUAAGUAUUUUUAGCUUACAACUACAACCAGGAUCCUUACCCGUAUAUUCAUACUGAGCUUCAUCAUUGAAAAGUUAUCAUUCAGUAAUCUUGAUCGAAUGAAAGCAAGCAUCUUCUCUACACAGUCCAUGAACAGUUUGGUGUACAACUAUCGAAUCUACCUGACCAGCUAAAAGUUAUAUUUUAACGAUCUGGCAUAUCGGUCAAAAAUUGGCUCAAGGGUUGGCCGGUGCGAAGAUGCGCCUCAUAAGCUUCCAGCCAUAUCAGACCCUUCAUUGUCACCUGGUACAAAGUAUUAUCGCUCUUCCAUCUAUUUGGCCUGAAAUGGCAGAUGCCUGUGUAGCCUUCUACGGUUUGCCCGAUGUGGUUGUCUCCUGGAUAGUGCUCUAGUAGAUCUCCGUUACGCGCCGUCAAUCUAGCCGAUGCCUUGACAACCAUGUUGGGACAGGAAUUGGGGAAAUCAGUUGGCAGAUAAAUCCUCAGCGUGUACUGUCUGUCGUUGGUGCAUGUAGCUCGAACUUCCACUAUCGUUUGGUCUCCGGGACUAAUCCAUGUCACUCUGUCGCGAAAAUAGCUCUCCAACAGCGUUUUCUCAAAGCCGAGCCUCUGUCUCUGGGCUUGUGACCAGGGCAUCACUUCAAGUUGGUUGUUUUAGCUGUUCUGUUCUCUUGAUAGGGUGUGCACAGCAAUGAUUCUCCAGUUUAAGUGAGGGAGGUAUAGUUGUUAACAUUAUAUAUUGUUUUUUGAAUUAGAAAUGAUGCGCUCAUGCGCAAAGAAAGCAAUUUGAGGAAAUAAAAUGCCUCGAGCAAUUUCGCUACGUCAUGUCCACCCCGAGCAGGGCUGCACUACCAUGUAAGGUCACAUAAUUUCGUCUGUCUAUGUACUUUUCAUGUACAUAAACUACAUUUAUCAAUUCACUCCUUUUUUCAUGACAACGUUUAAACGUCAUGUCUUCAAUGCUCUCAAUGUAAUCGAACUUCUGAGAGAAAUGCUGCUUUCAAAAUUAUAGGGUCCAUGCUAUUAAUAUUGCCCCUUAACUUUAGUAGGACACAAGGAAAAAUUCCAAAGAUUGAUCGACUUAAUAUUCUAUUAACCUAAAUCUACGAACUGAUACGUCUUUAAUGUAUAUAUUCUUGUUAGACAAAAAUAAAAGAUCCUAAGAUUAUUAUGCAGUUGACACUAGUUGUCAUUGAGCUCUCUAAUCCCACUCUAAAGAAAUGUUUGAUGACAAAUUGUAAAUUAUUAUAGACGCAGUUAAUUUAAAGUUUUUAACAUGUUGGAUAAACCGGUUUAUUAAUUUAGCGAGUUCAUUCGCUGCUCCAUAUUAAGCAAGCACUAUGUCAUACCCCUUAGCUUCGAAAUUGCUUUUAGAAUAAUCUUUUGGCAGGUAUUUGGGGAGUGGGAAGGCAGAUUUAAAGACUUUCGCUUUGUACAACUUUUGUCGUUCGUAAUUAAGAUUGUCAUGUUAAAUGUUGACUCGUCCAAGCCUUUUUCCUAGAACCCAAAUCAUUUCAUUUACGCAGGUUAGAAAGACAGGACAACAGCAAAAUUUAACCGCAAAAACGUGAUUCGCCAGAGCAAUUAUUAAUCCUACACACUUCCGGGACCGAGCGAUUGAUCCGAGGAAAGUGAAGUUUAUAAUUUUAUUUUCUGCAUAAGAAAAACGCAUUUUUUUUUCCGCGAUAGUCGUGGCUGUAUUUGGAAACCGAAAUAGCUCGCACUUUCCGUCAAAUAAGACGCAUUAUUAUUUCAAUACUUCGCAAGAGCCGACCGAAAUUUUUGCGAUUUUCAUACAGCUUUGACGAAGAGUUGAUUCAACAAGCUCAGGCGGAGAAAAUAGGAUUUGUGAAUUUAUGACACGGUGACUGAUUUCUUUGGUUUUUCAUUCCAUUUCUUCUCUAGCUGGUCUUUGUCAUGGAACCAUUAACUCUCGUUACAUGUACUCACUUUAACAAAAUCUGAAUAUCCUUAACUGACAUGUAAACAUUUCCGGGAAAAACCGGUAGGCUCAGAGUAUCACAUGACGUAACGAUUUCUUAGAAAUGUUAUUUACGGCCCAUGAAAAAGCUCAUUGCAAUAAAAAGUGAAAAACAUUUUGCUCUGAUCGUCCCAAGCUGCUUCGUUAUUGCGACUUAUUCACUGAUAUUUUUCGGUUGACAGUACGAGCCAAGAUGAGUCUGACAGUGACAAUCCACGAGGGUGAACUUAGGCAGAUUAAGCAACGUAUUGCAGAAAAACGGAUUGAGAGCGGACAUCUGUUUGGUCUGUGGACUCAUUCAAAUCAGCCAGUCGUGCAGUAUAUCACUGGUAGUCUUAAGGACGAAGAUGAAGAAGAGUUGUUCAAACCCCAUGCUCUUCGACGCGUUGGGAUAUGGAGCACAAAAGAAUCUGGCGGUAAGAAACGAAAUUCAGUGUCCUAUUAGGGGAAGUAACAGUGUCUAUUUUACUCUAUGUGCUAAAGUCAACUACUAGUACCACUUUCGCUCGGUUUGUUUCGUCUUUAAUUUAAUUUUUUGGGAGGGUGGUUCGCCUUGUUGAAUAUUUCAAAAUUUAUCGAAGCAAAUGAAAUUUGACUAUACGAUUGUGAAAUAUAAACGAGGCCUGACUACAGAAUCAAUUUCCUAGAACUGGAGGCAAACGAAAUAGAAUACUCACUCACCCCUUCCCUCUACUUAAAAUGAACAAUUGUUAAGCAAUAGAUGUCUUGUCCAUCACAUUGAGUUAGCUUUUGGCCAAGAAGAGUAACUAUAUAGCCCCUUAUGUUCUGCAGGUAGUGAAAAGUUCACUGCGAGGUCUCAUUUUGUUUAGUUCAUGAUGAUUCAUAUAUUUUGUUUAAGGUGUAAACCAAGGUAAAGGAAAGCCCUGCUUUGUAUAUAUGAAGGUUGGUGUGGACAACGAAACACUGGACGUGAAGCAAGUUUGUGUCGUUGAAAAGGAAGCUUCAUUGAAGGGAAUACUCGGUAAUAUCCUUAAAUAUUCGAUUGUUUAUUUUAAAAAAAUUGGUGAACCAGUCGCCGUUAGAGUAUUUACUACAAUAAUUAUUCAUGAAUCGGUGCACACACGCGUCCUCGUUAUCAUGAUUUCCACCAAACACAGGACCUUGCAAUAAUGGGAAACUUGGCAAGAUUAGAUUCCCCCUAUCAGUCGUAUAAAUUUUUCUUUUUAACAUACUGCUGAGCAGGAUCAUGUUUCGUCUUGUCUUGCAACGCUCUCCCUUCCCCGUCAAGGCAUAAUCGAAAGAUUAGCUAUUUUCAUAUCUCCAUAGGGGAAAAUAACAGUAAUGAAAUUACGAUAAUAAGAAUUUUAGACGCAAAUGACGGUUUUACCGCGUAUUAACUGUUUCGUGGUUGUUUAAAAAGAGGGUUUUGUUGUAAAGCAGCAAAAUAAUUGAGCCGUCAGGCGUAAAUAAGUAAAAUCAUUUUGUUAACUUAACAGAAAUUCAUUAGCCGUCAGCCGUAAAAUGGCCAAAAUUUUAAUCGUUUUCAGCAAAAGCCAUUGCCCUAUGGAGGCUCUCAGGUAAUUGCAACGUUAGAUUUUCAGUGCUAAAAAUGUAAGUUGAAUAUUUCUAAAACAGGAUACUUUCAAAAUACGGUUAGUUAAGAGCCUACACUUGGAUUAUUUACCCAUCUGUUCUUCCAAUUAUUGUAAACAUUCUAUGAUUUAUUUUCACAGAGGUACUGCCGGAGGACAGCGCUUUCCGCCUCAGUAAUCCUUUCAGUGGAACACAAAAGAAAUAUCACAAUGAUCCGGUAAAGGGCGAGUUUCGCUGGACUUCAACUUCAUCGCAACAGGCCGAAACAAAAAGAGAGCAGUGGUACUCGGUGAAAGAAGGCAUGGACCUUUUUGGAAAGAUCCAUGGCGCUCUCCAGGGGACAUUUCAAGUAACUGGUACAAGCAGAGACAAAGAGACCCACGAUCUAUGCGUUGCACUAAGGUUUGUACAACGAGAUUUUGCAAUAGAAUUUCCAGCUAAUUUUCCUGAUGGUGAGGCCACAUUGAGUACUGAAGACAAAGAUAUUCCGAUCUCUUUGGGAAAACCAGUCAAGGAAAAAGGAAACUUUAACGAUUCGAAAUCUGGUGAAAAGGAAAAUGACAAGGCAGAUCAUGCAGAUGAUGUAGCACCUGACGAUAACCGAUCUAAAGAGGCUGCAUCAGAGCAAAGUCAGCAGCCCGGGAAGCAUCCGGAUGAUAACGAAAUUGCACAGCUGUUAGUCCAAGGAAUACUAAAAAUAAUUCAGCCAAAGAAUAGGGAGAAAGGAUCCUCGGUAUGAAAUGGAAAGGAAGCACAGUCAUGUCUUUUGUGAUAGCUUUCAGUUUUAUUUUUGCGACAGGAAAUAUUAUAAAUUUCUCUCCUUCUGCAUGAGUUUUCUCGUUCAUCUACUGCCUAGAAUAAUCACGAACAAAAGAUUGUAUUCUCUUGUCAUGAUCAAUAAACCCUAUUUCACACUAAAGCAUAAGGUAUCCGAUGUGGUGGGCACGCUUACAGCGGUAUGAAUAAGGGGUGUCGAUUUCCGUAAUCUGUUUUUGUUUAAUGAACACUGAUAACCGAUAGAAGUUUGACAGUUAAAUUUUGGUCAAGUUUCAGCAACAACUGUUGAUAUACUGGUAGUAAUGAAAAAAAAUUUUUUGACACAAUAUAAUUGUUCUUAAGAUCUAUUACAACAAACAAUCUCACGAGACGCCAGAGAAUGUAAACUGGCCAGUAAUUUUAACAACUUGAAGUGUAAUCCGCCAAAAUCAAUCGAGAACACACGAAAACAAUACAAUCAAGAAUGUAAUCAGCAAGUGCUUUACAACACAGCUCUCUUCCAGCAUAAACUGCAACGCUAAAGGAUUAUGGGUAAUGUCAUCAAAAGUCUACACAUGUUUUGAAUCAUUAAAUAUAUUCCUUCAAGAUCGAUUGGCUGCAAAGAACAAGGGACCUGCAUUACUUAUCGCCUUGUGGAGGAGGGGGGGGGGUUGGGGUUGGAGUAUUUUGGCUGUGUCACGAUAAAUUUUUUCUCGACUUCCCCUCCCCCCUCUCCCAAUAAAGCUAAUUAAUGUUCCUAUGAUCCUUUAAAAAAGGCGACAGGAAAUAGCAGUUUGACAUAAGAGUGGCAGUUAAAUAUAUUCAAUUGAAAGACUGAUUAUAGUUAAGAUCUUAUAGUAAUAACAAGUAGAAGUUGAUACGAUUAAUGAAAUGAAUCAACAGCCAGUACGGCUGAUAAUUCAAGAAAACAACAUUUGAAUUUUUCUCCAACUUAGAAAUGGAGAAAGGCGGAAGAUAAAAGUGAAAAUAACAUAAUUCAAAUCCUCUCCUUUCAAUUAC